GGCCUGUGCGGUGUAAGGCAGAUGUUAUAGGACCGACCCAAACCCGGGACUUCGCCCGAUCCAUAUCGUCACGAAUAGGAAGGGAUUGGACAUGUUUGAGUGCAUGGCAUUAUCUUCCAUAGACUCUUGGCUUUGAUCAGGAUUUUGAUUUUUCUUUGUAAUUCGGCGUUGGAUUUCAAUCUAGUAUCGAAAUCAGAUAUGGAAGAGAUGGACACUGAACAGGUAGUGGAAAUUCCAGACACUCCUGAUAGAAUAACUGCGCGUCGUAUCAAUGAUUUGCAUUUAGGAAAAGAAAGUAAUUCAUAUGCAGCUGGUCCUUCAAGAACUUCUGAUCUUAGUAGUAAGGAAUCUUUGAAUCAGUUGAGAGCUAGGGGUAGGCUGGUCAGUGAAAAUGGCUUUAGUAGAAGCCUUCACUUAAAUCCUGGUAGAAUUCCUGUCAAGACGGAUGAACUUGAGCCUCGUAAUAGAUCUAUUGCUUUUUCUCCGUUACGAAAUUCCCAUCCUUCCCGGAAUGCUCCACUAUUUAGAAGAGGAGCAGUGACCAAUAACUCCAAGACUGAAACUCAACAUUCUAUUAGAAUGCAACAGUUGGGCAAAGGGAAAGCUGAGUUUGCUAAUAUCCCAUCUAAAUUACCUGUCCUCAUAAAUGACGAAGUUUUAUUUGACAUGGCUUUUCCUCGUGGUGCAUCCAAAGCUCUGCAUGCGAAAGAGACCAGAGAUGUUCAAGUGUCAUCUAAUAGUGGCUCCUCUUCACAUUUUGCUCCUGAAAUACCCAGCAAUCUCUUCAAGGGAAAGGAAAAGGUAGAUGUCAAUGCAUGUAAUGGUUCUGAUUCAGCUCUGAAUCACGGAAAAGGAAUUGAUCUCACUGGUAGUUCUCCACAUAAAAUUGAAAAACAAGCAUCUGCUUCCCAUCUAUCUGUUACCUCACCAAGAGUUACUGGGCAUAAACGACUGGUGCGAAAUGGUUGUAUUUCUCCACAUAAUAUAGCCACUAGGCAACAGAAGUUAGCUGAAAGUCACCAAGAUUGUUCCAUUGAUGUUGGAACAGACGACUCCAAGAACAUCGUAUCUGAUGGUCCAUCUGAGGUGGAUAUCAGAGAAAUAAUAGUUGGAGAGAAGAAUGAAGAGAAUAAUCAUUAUAGAGCUAAAGGAAAAGGGUUGGUAACCUAUCCUUCUACGUCAACAGAGAAUGAUGCACAAAUUUUUCAUGUAUCUACGAGUUCUAGGAUUGAGAAUAAAGCAGCUAAUGUAACCAGUGAUACCAGCAGAGAUGCGUCAUUAGGUGGUUGGAGAAGUACACGGAACCAUGCAAAGAAAUUAUAUCAUGCAGAUGAUGAAUUCUCUGCUGAUGAACAGCAUGAAAAUAGAGUGGCAAGAAGAAAUACUGGCACUGCAAAUGUUAAGAAUGUACAUGAAUCAGGGGAUCGGGUUCUAGCCCAAACAGCUUCCAGGCAUGUGUCUGGGCUCAAUCAAACAAAUCGACCGCAUCAUAUUGGGAAUAUACAUACUAAAAGACAAAAGAAGCAUGGAUUAACUUCGAGAAAUGACGGGGAAUACUCCACAACAGUUCCUGAUGACUCAGAAAUUAUGCUCCUUGGUUCAUCUGAUGAGUCAUCUAGGUCCAGAUCAUCCAGAACUUCAUAUAGACAACGUAGAGGCAUUUUGCAUCCAAUUUAUGAAGUUGAUGAGUCAUUACCUGAGAGAAGAACUGGCAGCUCUCAGGGAUUAAGUUCGGAAAAUGAUAUUGAGGCAGAUGCUAGGGCAAGACAAGUGGAAGCUGAUGAGAUGUUGGCUCGUGAACUCCAAGAACAAUUAUAUCAAGAGACACCAGCAUUUGGGGGGAGCGAGAUUGAUGAAGAUGCAGCAUGGCUAUUGCGGCAGGUGGAAGAUGUAUUCCCCACUGCUUCUAGUCAAAGUUACCCUAUAUCGCGUCUUAGAAGGCCAGCAACUAUGCAUUCAAAUACACAGCCUCAGCCACGGUCAUUUCAGAACCCCUCAAAUAGGAGAGGAACCCAGUCUCGACUUCCUGCUACUAGAACUUCACAAUUGAGGAAUCGCUUGUUCAACCGGCCUCCUGCAAGAUUACUUAGAGCUAGGAACCACUCGCUUACUUCAUCAUCCACAACAAGGAAUUUCCAGUUUCCUUUGAGCAUGGACUUAGAGAUGAGACUUGAUAUAUUGGAAGCAUUAGAAGAUAUGAGUGUGACAAAUAGUCACAUUCUUCAAGUUCAGCGUGAUUUCAAUGAAAAUGAUUAUGAGAUGUUAUUGGCCCUUGAUGAGAACAAUCAGCAACACGGUGCAUCAACCAAUCGAAUUAACAGUUUGCCAGAGUCUGUAUUGCAGACUGACAACUUUGAAGAAACUUGCGCAAUCUGUCUAGAAACCCCAACUAUUGGAGAAACUAUACGUCAUCUUCCGUGCUUGCACAAAUUUCACAAGGACUGUAUUGAUCCAUGGCUCAGCAGAAGAACAUCAUGCCCAGUUUGCAAGUCAUCCAUAACUUGAUUGCUCUUGCGGAUCUAAGUGCUUAAAAACUAGUGCCACUUCAGGUUAACCCAAUUAUGGAAGCAAUUUUUGCAAAAGGUAAAUCACAAGAGUUCCACUUGGAUGCAAAACUGGUUAUUCCUUUUUCAAAUUUUGAGUUGAAUGUCCUUGGUCAAAAUGCUAAUGGUGUCGACUGAAUCUUAGUAUAGAUGGUGGUGAUGAGACUUGCUACAACUACUCUUGUAUUAACCUAUGACCUCAAGUUGGGCAUAGCUUUGUAGAUUGGGAUUGAACUGAGCCAGGCCCUGGUAAUUCGCAAACAGGAACCUUGAACAAUAGAUUUCUGAUGAAAUCAGUUAAGAGGGAAACGAAUAAAAUCCAGAAGCUCAGGCAUCUGAGGUGAUGAUCUGGGGCAUUUGAUGCACGAUCCGAGGGUAGAAGCAAGUGCAAGCUUGCAUGGUCAUGAUUCCUUUUGUGCCCUGCAUGGGGUCUUCUUCAUACCAAUAUUAAGGUAUUUAACCUCAAUUUUCAAGCAGAAUCAGUUGGUAAUUAUACCCUUAUUUACUCAUAUACAAGGGACGCCUACACUUCUGCUGCAGUGUAUUUCUUUGUUUUAACGUGUGAUGGUAGAUUGCCGAAUAUAUAUGCCUAUUGACGUUUGACUAAUUGAAUCCUAUUAUCUACGAACGUGAUAGAUAAUAGAAUUAUAUGGCACUAAUUUUCAUCAAGGUCUCCAUAUUACAGAAAUCCGAGAGAUGUAUUUUUCCUUUUUCUUUUCAA